AUGGGACUCGCAUCGUCCCUCAAUGUCUUCGCCACUGUCGUCCUCACCAACGCGCGCACCCAGUUCGCAACGCGUCCCACGAGACCGAAUCCUCGUGUCCUCAAUAAGCGUGAGGAUGCCCAGGAGGUGCGGCGACGGAACUUCUUGGAGAGCGUCAAGAGGAAGAGCGACGAUUCAAAGUGGGAGCGGAGAAAUAUUGAGGGCCAGUUCCUCAAGAAGAGCUACUACGAAGGUUUAGGCCAAUUGGCCCAGGACGCGCCUGAGCUAUCAGAGGCAGAUAUUCAGGAUGCUAUGUCCUUCUCCCGCCCGCCGGAAAAUGACGACGCUAUCAUGAUGGACGAGCCACCGGAGGAAGAUUUCGACUAUGAGGCAAUGCUCGAGUCCUAUGAAGAGCAGCAGCAACCGGCGUACCAGCCCAACUCGCCUACAUCAUCCGAUGCAGACUACGACGACAUCUUCGCCGAGCUCAUAGCACAGGAGCAGCGGUCACAUCACAACCAAACCAAUGUAGAACAUGGCGAUUACAUGGACGAAGAUAAGAUCAUGUCGUACUAG